CCCACCGCCCCAUCCAUCCAUCCCACCCCCCGCCGUGCGCUCGGUGCCGCCCCUCCGGCGGCGUGUCCCGUCCCGCGCGGUCCCGGCCCGGCCGCGGCGGCGCGGGGCCAUGGCGGAGCUCCCGGCGCGCCUCGAGGCGCUGGAGCGGCGGAUGGAGCGGGCGGAGGCGGCGCUGCGGGAGCUGCCCCUCGCCGCCCUGCAGCUCCACGGGGUCCCGGUGCGGUUCGAGGAUGUGGCAGUGCGGUUCAGCCGGCAGGAGUGGGCAAGCCUGGACGAGGGACAGAAGGAAAUGUACCGGAGCGUCAUGGAAGGCAACUACGAGAUGCUGGUGUCCCUGUACUCUGCCCUGUCCAAGCCCGAACUGUUACUGCAGCUGGAAAGUGAAGAGCUGAGCACGCCGCCAGAAUCAGAGACAGAGGCAGAAGAGAUGUCCCCAGAGGUGCUGGCUGUAGAGCCAGCCCAACAGAACUGCACCAGUGAUGAUGCACUGCUGGAGACAGAGACAAUGGACAGGGGCUGCAGGGAGCCAGAGGAAAGCGGGAAUGUGGCAGAGAAAAGCGAGAACCUGGUGGAGGAAAGCUGGGGCCUAGUGGAGAUACGAGGGAACGUGAUAAAUGAAAUCUGGGGUGUGGCUGAGGAAAACAGGAGCAUGGUAGAGGAAAACAGGAGCAUGGCAGAGGAAAACAGAGGCACAGCGGAAGAAAACAGGAGCACGGGAGAGGAAAACAUGAGCAUGGCAGAGGAAAACAGGAGCUCAGCAGAAGAAAACAAGAGCCAAGCAGAGGAUAACAGGAGCAUGGCAGAGGAAAACAGGAGCUCAGCAGAGGAAAACAGGAGCAUGCAGAGAAAACAGGAGUCAGCAGAAGAAACAGAGCACAGCAGAAGAUAA